AUGGCUGCAUCGAAAGUGCUAUGCAAUACUUCCCCUCUCUUUCAAGAGACAGAAGGAAUCGAGCUCUUGCUACGAAUAGAAGAGUUUCGCAAGAUCGAGGAUAAGCUGCAAGCCCUGGAAUAUGCCCAGCUAUAUUUCCCAGCUCUUGGCACAGAUUCGCCGAUGCUGUCAACUGCGAUUCGCAAAGCGAUGACUUUGCUAGCCUGCCCAGAAAAACCCCCAAGUGAAACCCAAACACGUGAAAAGUGGAAGGUCCUCGGCGCUCUUUUCAAGGCAGCUGCCUGUCAGUGCUUCGGGACACUGCCAUUGAGAUCGAUCCUACAGAUAUAUUUAGAAGCGGGCCUGGCCAUCCUAAAGACGCCUCAAUGCCGGCCAGAUGCUGCUGUUAAGCGCUGCCCAUUAUGUACAGAACCAGAUCUAUUCAAGUUGGCCGAUUGUCUCCCUUUGAGCAGAAACGACUCGUCACAAGUCAUUUGCCGUAUCUCCGGAGAAAUAAUCUCUGGUGGCGGCCUCUCCAAUGCAAUUGCCCUCCCAAACGGGCAGGUUUUCUCCGAAAGGGCAAUCGGAGUGCCAGAUGCUGAUGGGUUUAUUACCUGUCCGCUGACGGGGGAAAAAUUUAAUCGAGACCGCAUUCAAAAGAUCUAUUUUUUGUAA